AUAGGAUGUCCCUAAUCGACCGAGAAUUGAGUUCCGAUCAAAAUUCAGAAAAGUUACUUAGCUCCAAAGACUCAGGGGAAGAAAAUGCUGAAGUAGCUAGAUCUUUUGUGAGCAAAGAAAUACAAUCAUUUGAAGUGCAAGAAGAAGCUAAGAAAAUUAAGACUCCAAGCAAAAAUACAUUUCUUGGAUAUUUCUUUAUGUUCAUUGCAGUUUUUGGUAUCACUUGUGCACAUGUUUUUGCAAAGAUGGCUUUCGAUAGAAAUCCGACAUUAGGAAGUAUUGAUUGAAUAACAUUUUUCGGAAUCUGGCUUUCAAUUAUUUAUAUAGCCUGGUCACAAAUCUUAGGAGUUAGUUUAUCCAUCACAAACUUACCCAAAAAGCCACUGAUCGCAAUGCUAUUAAGUAUGGUUUCUACUAUUCUUGUCCAAUUAUGAGUUUAUAAAGGAAUCUCAAUGAUCCCAGUUGGAAAGAGUACAUUGAUUUUUAGCACUAACCCGAUCUUUUCUGUUAUCUUAGCCUUUUUUGUUCUCAGAGAGAAGCUAUCAAAAUCAAUCAUCUUCUCAGCAAUAGGAGCCUUUGUAGGAAUCUACUUUUUAUCACUUAAUGAGGAAGAAGAAGAGGAGAAAGGUGGCAGCAUUGUUCUUGGGAUAAUCAUGGUUGUCCUUGCUGCUUGGUUCCAAGCAUUGAUAUUUAUAUUCGUCAGAAUGAUUAGCUCAGAAAACAUCCAUUUUACAGUUCGACCGGCAAAUGUUGGCUUUGGAUUUCUGAUAUUCGCAGUAUGUUAUAAUUUAGUCCUAAUGACCACUGGGCACCAAAGCACUUUUCACUACGAUAUGUGGGACAUUAUCCUCCUUUCUCUUGUAGGUAUCGGGUCAUGCUUAUGUGUUGGGCCUCUAAGCCUAGCUAUGCAAUAUGAAGAGGCUUCAAAGCUGUCUCCAUUACUCUACACAGAGAAUGUGUUUACCCUUCUAUCAGAUGCAUUGGUCUUCAACUACACUUUCGUAAGUUCAGAUUACAUCGGGAUCCUAAUUGUGAGUGUAUGCUUGCUGGUUCCUGUUCUAGUGAAGUUGUAUCUAAAGUCUUCGUAGUUGAGUUAAUCAAAUUUCAACAUGUA